AUGACAUUUACCGGUGCUGGUGUACGGGUGUUUAAUGCACCCGUAUACCAGCAAAGCGAACCAGUUAGAAAUCCCCCUAACCACAACCGGUAUGGGGGGAUUAAGGCCGCGAAUAUAGGGCCGCGAAAAAAAAUCAAUAAAAGACGUUGUUAUAGUUGUUCCCGAUACGGGCACCUUGCCCGGGAUUGUCUCGCCCCCCGUAAGCCAAACCGCGUGAGACAUCCACCAUCACCGUCAGCUCCAGAUGACAAAAUGGAGGUCGAGGAGCAGGUGGUGGUGGUGGAAGAGCCUUAA